CUCUUCUCUUGAUCACUUCUUGCUGUGAAAAUCUGCGUAAUCUUAAUUUUUGCACACCCAGUAAAUAGUUUUGCAGUGGUUAAUUUAGCCACGGACGCUGCUGGCCCAUCUGAAUAAGCUGCCAUGUCUGUUCUCUUUUAUUACUUUUUGCAGGUAACACGUACGCGGCUCAUGCCUGACUGUGCACUCCGUGAAGAAACUCACUACCUCAGUAUGGUUGUCCUACUGGCGGUUCUGCUGCUGCUGUCCUAUGGAGCUGGCCACAUCCAUUGCUCAACGGUCAGACACGGAAACAGAACAGAAGUGCACUCGUUGCUCGAGUUCAAAGCGGCUACCAACGACCCAACAGGUGCCCUAAGAUCUUGGAACAGGCGCGUCCACUACUGCAACUGGACGGGCGUCACUUGCAGCUCAAUGAAACCGGGGCGCGUCAUUGCUCUGAGACUCCCCGGCCAAAGCUUGUCAGGCGAGAUCACCCCAUCUAUUGGGAACUUAACGUACCUUAAGGCCCUCAACUUGUCCUCCAAUGGCUUCUCUGGCCAGUUACCUCCUCUAAACCUGCUCCAUGAGGUGAUCCACCUUGAGCUAAGCUCCAAUUCGUUCCACGGGAUAAUUCCCGACUCACUCAUGAAUUGUUCAAACCUUAAGCUCCUCAAUUUGUCCUCCAAUGGCUUCUCCGGCCUGUUACCUCCUCUGAACCUGCUCCAUGAGUUGGUCCUCCUUGACCUCAGCUCCAAUUCAUUCCAGGGGACGAUUCCUGACUCACUCAUGAAUUGUUCAAACCUAGAAGGGGUGGAUCUUUCUAGAAACAUGCUAGAAGGCCCAAUCCCCGAGGAAAUCGGCUCUCUGUACAAUUUAAUUGCGCUAAAUAUUUCUAGGAAUAACCUUAGCGGGAUCAUCCCACCAACCAUCAGCAACGCAACCCAGCUACAAUUACUUAACCUUCAAGAAAAUCAACUAGGAGGAAGCGUACCUGGUGAGCUUGGGAAAUUGUCAAACAUGUUCUCAUUGGGUUUUGGUGACAAUUGGCUGUCCGGUCCAGUACCACCAUCAAUCUUUAAUUUGACUGGGCUUGGAGUAUUAGAUGGACAUUUAAAUAUGCUACGAAUGGCAUUGCCACUAAACAUUUGCGAAACCCUUCCUAAUCUCCGAAUUCUAAUCCUGGGCGGCACUAUGCUUGAUGGUCAUAUCCCAGCUUCGCUAGGCAAUUGUACAAUGCUACAAGUUAUGGAUUUAUCAAAUAACAGUCUCAUUGGGGAAAUCCCUAGUUUCGGAAAGCUACUAAGCUUAGCCCGACUAUACCUUGAGUCUAAUAAUCUCCAAGGUGUCAUACCGUGA